UGUCUUAGAAUAACAAUGUAAAUAUUCCUGAAGAGCCUUUUAUGUGAGAGUAUAUUGGCAUAUAUGAAAGUUUGUAGAGAAAGGAGAUGAAUCCAAUUAGUGCAAAGUGACGUUAAUGUUAAGUCAAGGUUUACAUACAGUACCAUGCACUGUAUGUACAGUUGAAUGUCAGGAAUGUUUGCGGUCUAAGUCUGUGUGCAGGUGCAUGGUUUUUUGGACUCUGUGCCAGGGGCUGCGUGGGUGUUUAUAGGAGCUUUCAUGACAAGUGGAAGCGGAAAUGUUGACAUCUGAUUCCCCAACCAAUCAGAGUUUUCAUAGCCUGGGUUUAGUCUGAUACAGAGGGUGGACUACAGUAUAUAUUGGCCUUAACUUUGGGGAAAGAAACAGAGAAAACCAUCGAAGGAAACAAAGGAAGAAGAAACUAACCACAAGGCAUCAUGAAGGCUCUGACUCUCCUCUCCAUCUGCGCACUCCUGGCAGUGUGCUGGUCCAUGGGAGCUGUUGAACCAGAGGUUGUGGUUGAUCCUGCUGCUGAUACAGCUGCUGAAGCUGCACCCGAGGACCCUGCAACUGCUGCCCCUGAUUCCUCCUCCACUUCAGACUCUUCCUCCUCUUCUGAGUCCGAUUCUGCCUCUGACUCCAACUCUUCCUCUGACUCAACUUCCGAUUCAUCGUCCUCCUCUGAAUCCUCCGAAUCAUCCUCUUCUGAGUCUUCUGAAUCUUCCUCUGAGUCCAGUUCUGCUUCCGACUCUUCUGCCACUUCAUCUUCCUCCUCCUCCUCCUCAUCUUCAUCAGAGUCAGCCAGUGAUGAGGCUUCUCAGGUGGUUAUGAAGAGGGAUCUGGCUGCUGUUCUCCUCAGGCAGAGGAGAGCUGCCCCAGGAGAAAACCUCUCCCCUGUGCAGCUGGAAAGCCUGAGAGAGGUGUGUGAGCUGAACGUCGCCUGUGAUGAAAUGGCUGAUACUGCAGGUAUCGUUGCUGCUUAUAACGCCUACUAUGGACCCGUUCCCUUCUAACUUAAAGACUUUUCUUUUGAACUCUUUAAUCUGUCCUUUUGUAAUAAAACAGUGCAACAGUUCCCCUGAAUCCAGGCAAGGAGCAGACAAUCACAAAUAAUGGGUUUGGCUCAUGAUGCUAAGAUUUGUUUUUCUCCCUCUGGCACAAAUUCUUGCACGGUGACCAGCUUUAGAGGUCCUGUAUGAAAAGGCCUCUUCCAGGCUUUCACAGAAAGGCACAUGGAAACACAAGCCUGUGAAGUAUGUUGUAGCUCACACAAGUUUAAAUUAUUCUUCACAUCUACAGUAUUAUACUAUAGUAUCUUAUAGUAUAGUGCCACAAGUACAAAUGUAUUGUAUAUUAAUAUAUGUGUUUAUGUGUUUUUAUAUCGUGCUUUAGUCUAGCUGUAGUCGUUGUAGUUCUAGUAAUUAGUGGGUGUAUUCAUGAGUUCUUAGAGGUGCUGUAGUUUUAGCAAUAAUGUAGUGGUAGUGUACAGUGUGUUUAAAAAUGCACAUCGAAUGUCUGUAUUGACUGUAACCACAAAUUGCCUCUGGGUUUGAAAAUAAAUUAUUUUGUUUGUCAGACUGCUGUAUUGUCUUCUGUAUCUUCUGAUGGUACUCACUGUUGUAAGGAAUGGCACUAUACCAAUAGAACUGAGUUGAUAUGGCAAACUUAUUAACAUUAUCAGUCAUUUGGAAACAUGUUUCUGGCCACCAUCCUCUCAACUUUGAGCUUGUAAAAACAUUUUAAAUGUGAAUAGGAACUAUUUGUACUUGUAAAACCAU